GCUUUUUUCAGGGACGGACCCAAAAGCACUUCCUGUUAUUGCUGGCGUACUGAAAGCAGCAAAGCGAGGUCUGUUUUACUACGCUUUAAUUAGUAAGUGAGGAUGCCUCUGUCGGAUGGGUCAAGCUCCGACGGUGGCGGAGAACCCCGUAGUCCUCGAGCCCGGAGACUCCGGGCGCGUUCUCGUAGCCGAAACCGGAGCGGAGACAGCCGUGAACGGAGCCUGUCCCCGUAUAGCUUUGGGCCCAAACUCCCGAAACGACGCAACCGAGAGAGGGAGCGCGAGGAACGGGAGCGUCGCUUCAGAGAGGCCAAAAACAUCAGACGAAUUCGCAUUGGAAGUCCCCGUCGAAGCCGCUCCAGGUCCCGGGAGCGUCACAUCCACAGCAACAACCAGAACCACUGGGAGCGGGAAACCUCUGGAAAACAUGGCAGUUUUAAGGAUGAUUAUUAUUACCAGCAGCAGAGAGAUGAUGUCCAAAGGCAGAGACAAGAGGCUUUUAUAGCCAGGCGUCUGCAGGAGAGGGAGAGGAUCGGUGAACUUGGCUGUCCUGAAGUUUGGGGAUACUCGCCAAGAGUAAAAGAACCAGACUCUGAUGAAUUCACACCAGUUGAAGAAGAUGGCAAAAACAGCAGUUCUGAGUCAAGUUCUGAAGAGGAAAAGAAAAAGAAAAAGAAGAAGAAAAAGAAGUCCAAGAAAAGAAAGACCAAGAAGCACUCGGAGGACAGUGAGCUGGAAUCGGAUUCAGAUGAAGAAGAAGUAAAAAAGAAGAAAAAGAAGAAGAAAGGCAAAAAGUCUAAGAGGUCUAAGAAGAAGAAGAUGAAGAAAAAUCGGAAAGAGUCUAGUGACUCGAGCAGCGAAGAGUCUGACGAAGAAAAGGAGGAGGACGAUCCUUCUGGCUUGAUGUGGGUGGAGAAAACCUGCAUGGAUGAACAAAUCGUUGGUCCUGAAGCUCCGCUCACUCACACGUCUCAGGAUGAGAGACCACUGGAUUUUGGUCAUGCCUUGCUGCCGGGUGAAGGCGCCGCCAUGGCAGAGUACGUGAAAGCAGGCAAACGUAUCCCGAGAAGAGGAGAAAUUGGCCUCACCAGCGAUGAGAUUGCCGAUUUUGAGAAAUCUGGUUAUGUAAUGAGCGGCAGCAGACAUCGCCGUAUGGAGGCUGUGCGUCUGAGAAAGGAAAACCAGAUCUACAGCGCGGAUGAAAAGAGAGCUCUGGCAUCGUUCAACCAGGAAGAAAGGAGAAAGAGGGAAAGCAAGAUCUUGUCAAGCUUCAGAGAGAUGGUGUACAGAAAAACCAAAGGCAAAGAAGAAAAGUGAAAGGUUCAAAGGCUCUUUUCUUGUCUAGUGACUUCCCGGCUGGUGUUUUAGUUUUAAGAGGCAUUAAACCUUCCUGAUGUAUACAAUUUAAUUUGUUGAUUGUAAAAUAAUGUCUAAAAUGUUCAUGGAUUUUCCUCCCUGUUUAUUCUUUAUUCCUUGUAAAUAUUCCCUAAUACAGCAGAGCUAAUUAAUUGUCCACAUAUGUUUUUCCUCUUCACAUUUCUGACUGGAAUCAGGAAGCAUCCAUUACCCUAAGUUCAUAUUUUCUGUAAAACCACAAGGAAAAAAAUAAAAGAUCAUAAUAAUUUGGAAA